UAUCAUCAUCGAUUAUAAAACGAUCGUGUACGAUUGAUAGGUUAUUUUUGUCGAACAAGUAGUUUGAAUUUUAAAUUACUCUUUGGAACUAAUUCAACAGUUAUCGUAGCGUAAGCACGUACUCGAUCAUUCUAUACACCUGUUACGAAUUUAAUUUAAUAUUUGUACCUUCGUAAGAUUGAAAUAUGAGGAGAAAGGCAGGCAUUGGCGCAAUUCACAAACAGAAACUUGAACAAGAAAAAUACAAGGAUAAGGGUACAGAGAUACAAGAAAAUCAAUUUGAGCAGAUGACCAAACAAAUGGAAACGUUUCGUGUUAACUUGGAGGAAUUUGCAACGAAGCACAAAAGCGAGAUUAAAAAGAAUGCUCAAUUUCGGCGUCAAUUCACCGAGAUGUGUGCCUCCAUAGGUGUAGAUCCAUUAGCCUCUGGUAAAGGUUUUUGGUCGGUGUUAGGAAUUGGUGACUUUUAUUACGAACUAGCGGUACAGAUUGUGGAAGUAUGUAUGGCUACAAAUUACAAAAAUGGUGGCCUCAUAUCUUUGGACGAAUUAAGGACACGUUUGAUACAGGCAAGAGGUCGUCGUAAAGAACAUCAAGAGAUAACGAAUGAAGAUCUCCUGGCAGCAUCUAAAAAAUUGAAAAUUUUUGGAAAUGGAUUCGCGAUAGUUCCAAUAGGUAGAGGAAAACAUCUAGUCCAGUCUGUUCCAGGUGAAUUAAGUAUGGAUCAUACCGCUGUGCUGCAGCAAGCUAGCUUGUCUGGAAAUGCGCACGUAUCAAGGUCUAUGCUAGGAAAUGAAUUAAGAUGGGAAAGAGAGAGAGCUCAGAAAGCAUUGGAUCACAUGGUGAAGGAAGGAUUGGCUUGGUUGGACGAACAAGGAGAACAUGAAGCCUUGUAUUGGUUUCCUAGUUUGUUUACGGGCUGUAUCGCGUCCAAAGAAUAAUAUUUUUUCAAGAUUUUAUCUCAGAAGCCAAGAUGACGUGAUAUUAAUCCGACGAGUAUGACAUUAUAAUGUCACCUGACUUUAUUUUCUUCGCUGCAUCUAAAAUAUACAAAGAUACUUAAAUACACAAAGAAAUUCUACAUCCACCAUACACAAUAAAAUAAAUAUUUUAACAUACCUCGGAACACUUUGUACUUUAUGUUUAACUUUUCUUGAAACUUCGUUGUCAUUGACUUGGCUUCUUCCUUCCACCUUGAACAACCAGAAGAAAAACAAAAAAAAAAAAAAAAAAAAAAGAGUAAAAAAACGUGGAAAAAGAAACGGGAAAGAAAGAAGAAAUAAAAA